AUGUUUUGCUUUAUAAAAUUAACGCAGAGAGCCAAAAGAAAGUUAUCAAUAGGUAUUUUGCUAUAAUAAAAAUCAGAUUUUUAAAUAUAGGGUACUUUACCUAAAAUAUAAAUGAUAAGAUCUAGGGCAUCUACUUCCAACAAAUAUCUUAAUAAAAAAAAAUCAGUUACACAGCCUCUAAAAUAUAAUUAAAAAUCACCAAAAACUGUUUUCAAACCUAUUACUAAUGAUUUCCAGUUCUUUAAAUUGUAAACCUCUGAAAAAAGACCAUAAGAAGCAAAAUAUUUUUAGGGUACACCCAAAAAAUAAUUAAUAAAAUUGCCUAGCCUGGAAUUCAGCGUUUCUGGAUUUGAAACUACAGAUGUAGAAAAGGAAGAUUUGUUUCUGUUUGCAUAUGCAAAAUAAUAAUGA